CGAUUGCAAAACAGACAUGGCGGCACUCGAAUUCUAGCGGCUAGAAUUCGAUCGGUUUUCGGCUCGAUUUCCAUCCGUCUGCUCGAUUGCUCGAAAACAGACGAUAUUUUUCGCAGUGCUGCGAUGAACAAAACGAAACACGAGCCAGUUUUCAAUCGCAGCAGCCCGGGUGCGUACGUGUUUUGCUUUUGGUGCGUGAUUAGUGUGAAUUGUGUGUUUGUCCCAGUUCUUUUUCUGACAUUUCCGCUGUUUCUGCUCAGAAAUGCUUUGAGCGGUAUAAACAGAAGAAGCCAUAUAAUAUUGUCCACCAAUAAUUUGAUGAAAAGCAAGAAAACAUCGACCCAUGCAAACAAAGCUUCCGAAGAAAUGUCCACACGGUACGGGCUCUGGUGGAAUGUCAUCCCGGACAUCGUAUCCGGAUCCGAAUCCGGAUCCCAGACACGCUCAGAGGUGGUGGCUUUAUAUGGAUUACUUUUAAUCAGUUUUCGGUGUGUUCUUUUCAAAGUGGAAAGCAAGAAAACAUCGUCCCAUGCAAACGAAGCUUCUAAGAAAAAGUCUCGUGUGUACGAGCUUUGAUUGAAUGUCAUCCCGAACAUCGUAUCCGGAUCCAGAUUCUAAACACGCUCAGAGGUGGUGGCUUCACUUGGAUUAUUUUUAAUCAGUUUUCGGUGUGUUCUUUUCAAAGUGGAAAGCAAGGUGAGUACCGUUGUCACAAUUAUUUACUAUUUGCUUAUUAAAUUUAUCAUUUUCAAGAUUUAAAUGUUAAUUCUUGUGGAUCCAAUCAAAUUUCAAAAAUGUUUGAUUGAUUGAAUUCUUAAUAAUCAAGUUUUAUUUUUUGAGGAGGGAUUAACUGGGUUAAAUUCCGAAAGAAAAGUCUCAUUUUUACAAUUUUUUAAUCCAUUAUCGUUUUCUUAGAAAACAUCAACAUAACAAAAUCUUGUUCCUAUUUUUUCUUUCGAUUAGGUACUAAGAAAUGUUGAAUCACACCUCGAAUUGAAAAUAAAUAAGGUACACCGGGGUAAGU